CAUCCAUGUUUAUCUAUUAACGCGAGAGGCAGAUCCAUGUAAAGACAAACGAAUAAAAGAAAUGCAGAAGUAUCGUGACCUCUAUAAGUUAAAAUACGUAGGGGGCUUCCCUCUUAAGUUGGAAACAUUGCCGCGCAACGAAAAAGAUUUGAUAUACACGAUAAGAAUCGAAUUGGACGUAGCGGAAACCGACAUUAAAGGGUUGUAUGCUAGAUUGACAAUAUGGACAUUGGAGAAGCUAGAUGACUUAAACUUGAUUUACAGCCGCAGCCUUCUUCUGCAACCGAAGGAUUCUUUUAUGCAUUGGAAGGAAGACACGUGGUUUGGAUAUCAACGUCUUAAUCGUUGUAACCCCAAAUCAAUAAGAUUGUGUGAAGAAAUCCCUUCAAAACUUGGUGUGGAUGAAGCGAUGAUGGAACCAGUUCUGAAAGGAGAAACACUGGAAGGAUUGAUUAAAAAGAAACGUCUGUUUUACACAGAUUUAGAAAUUUUGGAUGGUGUUAUACACAGAAAAGAAUAUGAUAUGUGUGCUCCCAUUGCAUUAUUUAUGCUGAAUUCAAACGACGAUUUGACACCAAUUGCAAUACAACUGCAGCAAGACAAAAGACAAGGAAAUCCUGUCUUUCUUCCAACAGACGAUGAAAGCGUUUGGACUCUUGCUAAAAUGUGGUACAAUAUGGCUGAUGCCAAUUAUCAUCAAUCUGUUGUGCACAUGGGUUUAACCCAUAUGCUGAUGCAAAUUGUCGUUGCUCACAUGCAUAGGAAUAUAUUUCCGACGCAUCCACUCUACAAAAUUUUGGCCCCUCACACUUAUUUACUUAUGUUUAUGAACGAUUUCGCAUUCGAGAAACUUAUGAAUCCUGGUGCUUGGGUCGACCAAACAAUGACCAUUGGAUCGGAGGGAAUGAUAAAACUGGUUUGUAAAGGAAUACAAGAAUGGGACUUUUAUCGAGAUGGAAUUCCUGCUAAUGAUUUUACAAACCGAAAAGUUGACGAUCCGAAAGUUUUGCCCAAAUACUAUUUCAGAGAUGAUUCGCUUUUAUUGUACGACUGUGUAUAUAAGUACGUGUCCAGCUAUAUAGAUCUCCACUAUGAAAAGGAUGAAGAUGUUGAUGGGGACGGAGAGUUGCAGGAUUGGGUAGAAAAUAUGUCCGUGCCAAGCAGAGGUGGAUUGAAGGGUUUACCAAUGAAAGAUGGUAAGGGUCACGUGUCUUCAAAGGAGGACUUGAAAUGGAUUGUGUCCGUAAUCAUCUUCACCUGCAGUGUGUCACAUGCUGCUGUCAAUUUCCUACAAUAUGACGAAUAUGGUCACCCUGCAAACUAUCCAUCGAUGCUGAGGACACCGCUAUUAAAAGACAAAGCACCCAGAACCGAGAAGGAUAUCGUAGAUGCCCUGCCUAAGGUAACAACAAUUUUCGAUGUUUUAAAAGUCACAAGCGUCCUGAGCAAAAGAGAAACCAAUCCUCUGGGAAAUUUCGAUGUAAAAUAUAUCUGUCAUCAAGUGGGACUUCAAUGCGUCGCCGAGUUCCAAUCGAAUCUAAAAAGAAUUACUGAAGAAAUCAGUGAAAAAAUUGAAAACCGUGGUUGGCCUUACGACGUCUUGGAUCCUCCCUUAAUUCCUAACUCUAUCGCUGUUUGAAUGUAUGUGCCUCUGUGUGUGUGUGUGUGUGUGUGUGUGUG